CUCCCACCCUCUCGCCUCUUUCUCCGCUUCCCUGUCACUGUUACUCCGGGAGACGUUCACUUUUCACCAACCUUUCUCCAAGCAUCUCCAAGCCACUGACUCUAUAUAUUUUGCUACAAGGUAAAGAAAGGAGGGGGUGGGGGGUGGGCGAUGUAACCAAGCCUUGAACGACUUUGAAACUGGAAAUAGGUGUCUGUUUAUACAACAUACAAGUAAAGGAGGGAAGAGGAAGAGGCCAGCUUAGUUAGCCCGGAGUUACAGUAUUGUGUUCCUGGGAACUGGGGAGACAUCAGCUGAACAAAGCCUUAUCUAAAAAAAAAAAAAAAAUCACUUCUGAGCAAGAUCACAUCUCUGCCUUGCACUCCCCAGUUUCUGCUCAGCCGUAUUAGGGAAGGAAAAGAGUCCUCAAAGGAGCGGAAUCUUAUCUUAACCAUCUUUCUUAUUGAUUCUUCCGCUAUUAGAAAGUGGAGGAAUCAGUCCUUUGAUGUGAUUGUGUUUAUCUCUGCAUCUCUUUUGUUAUUUAUAGAGACCCAGAAGAGGAAAAGAGGCAAGAGACUUUUCAACACAUCGUUAAAACAAAAACAAAAACAAAAACAACAACAACGAAUUUCCCGAAAUGUUUGAGAACAAUUAAAAGGAAAAGGCGUUUUUUUGAUCUAUCAACUAAGUGAACAAUCAUUCAUAACCGUCCCUCGCUGUGGACACCAGCGAGAUGACAGCUGCUUUUUCAUUUUUGAAUGUAAUAAAUAUUUGCUGCUUUUAAUAUAUUUCGGAAUUUCUCCCCGCUAUUCCCUGGGAUUUUAACUCUAAAAGAUUGGAGAAAAGAUUAUCGAAAGGGCUUUUACAAGCCUCCAAAAUGAUGCUGAGUCCGGACCAAGCCGCCGACUCGGACCACCCCAGCUCGGCGCACUCGGACCCGGAGUCGCUGGGCGGCGCAGACGCCAAGGUUCUGGGCAGCGUGUCGGACCUGGAGCCGGUGGAGGAGGCCGACGGCAAGGGCGGCAGCCGGGCCGCGCUCUACCCGCACCCGCCGCAGCUGAGCCGCGAGGAGAAGCGCCGCCGCCGGCGCGCCACCGCCAAGUACCGCUCGGCCCACGCCACCCGCGAGCGCAUCCGGGUGGAGGCCUUCAACCUGGCCUUCGCCGAGCUCCGCAAACUGCUGCCCACGCUGCCCCCGGACAAGAAGCUGUCCAAGAUCGAGAUCCUGCGCCUGGCCAUCUGCUACAUCUCCUAUCUCAACCACGUCCUGGACGUCUAGGGCCGGGGUCGCGGCUAGGGGCCGCCUGGCCGGGAGUGGGUGAAACGCGGCCCACCGGG